GGUGCCACGCAUCUACUACUGAGACAGCUCCAGGUCCCAAUACACCUUAAAAAACCAUGGAGGUUACUCAAGUAUAAUAAACUCCCCGCCUGCAUUCCUCGUGCAGUAGCUUCCUCUAGGUUUCCGACACGCGACGCGACUUUUUACACUGCCCGGGAAACUACCACUACCAAACCGGCCCCCUCUACAGUGCACAGACGCACCACACCGCUGGAUCUGGAAACUUACGGCCGUGUGUCUGGUGGAUCUGGUGAUGGCUCCUUUACAGGACCGGGAUGGUCUCUCAAAUCGAGCCAAGGGCUACAUCUACGGCAAUGACAUUCUCAUGGGUCUUGCAUUUGUGGUCGUGGCGGCGCGAUUCUACUGUCGGAUGCGACUGGGAUCCAAGCGCGGACUUUGGUGGGAUGACCUGUUCAUCGCACUUGCGCUCAUUUUUGCAGUAGGAUUCGGUGCGACUGUGAAUGUGGCAAUGGCACAUUAUGGAUGGGAUCGACAUAUAUGGAGCAUUCCUGCAGACGUACUAACGACCUCCGCCAAAGCGUAUAUCGCCACAAAGAUAUUGUUCGUCGUGAGUAGCACCUUUGUGCGGACAGCUCUGUUGCUGUUCUAUCUGUGGCUUAUCAAAGACCUUGCCGAGAAGCCGAUCCGACGAGUCAUCUAUGGAGUGAUGGGUCUGAAUUUCGCUCUGUGUCUCGUCGGCGUCUUCGUAUCGGUAUUCCAGUGCUGGCCUGUCCGAGCCGCUUGGACAUUGGACAUGAGAGGUGAUGCCCACUGUUUGAACGAAGGCGUUUCCAUCACCACAGUUGGAGCCUUGCUUACAACAGUUGACUUCAUCGUCAAUGUCCUUCCAUUGCCAAUCGUUGCGCGCUUGAAUGUGGUCUUUAAGCAGAGGAUGGCAGCCACUGUGUUGCUUUCUUUAGGGACGAUCGCUACAGCUGCUGGUAUCGUCCGAGAAGUAUAUGUGUACCGAGCUUUCAUCGGUACCAAUGACAUCACAUGGGGAGCACUACCUUUGUGGAUCUGUGCUGAUGUCGAGAUUUACGUUGGUCUCGUAUGUAUUUCAGAAGUCUGA